AUGGUCACGGCCCACCGCAGGCACCCCUCGAGGUCGGGCAGCCCAUGGCUGCUGGUUCUGCUGGUGCUUCUGCUGCUCGGGGGCUCUCCGGGCAGCUGGGCAAGCUACCUGAGAAGGUCCUCCAUCUGCACGGCCAUCCCCAACAGCAUGGCCUUGUGCUACGACAUCGGUUACUCUGAGAUGAGGAUUCCUAAUCUGCUGGAGCAUGAAACCAUGCCAGAAGUGAUCCAGCAGUCCUCCAGCUGGCUGCCCUUACUUGCCAGAGAGUGUCAUCCAGAUGCUAGGAUUUUCCUCUGCUCCCUCUUUGCACCAAUCUGCUUGGACAGGCUCAUCUACCCCUGUCGCAGCUUGUGUGAAGCUGUCAAGAGAAGCUGUGCACCCGUCAUGGCUUGUUAUGGUUACCCAUGGCCUGAAAUCCUGAACUGCAACAAGUUUCCUGCAGAUCACGAGCUGUGCAUCUCAGCAGUCUCCACUGAUGAAAAUUCCUCAAGCAGGAGAACAGUGCCCCGAGCCAGCUGCAAGGAUUGUGAGCUCGAGGAGGCCAGCACUGCCAGGGAGAUCCUGGAGAACCUCUGUGCCAGUGAUUUUGCUGUGAAAAUCAGGAUCUUCAGGAAGAACACAACAACAACCGUCUCCGACUUCGACCUGGACCCUUCCCGGGUGGAGGUCUUGAAGCACGGCCCGCUCCUCCGAACUGAAAUCCCCGCCAGGCUCCAGCAGUGGCUGGACAUAGAUGCCACGUGCGCUCACAACAUCAUGCGAGGCACUCACGCAGGCGUCUUUGUCGUAAGCGGGGAAACGCAGAGCGACAAAGUCGUGGUCAACAAGGCCUACGCCUGGCACAAGAACAGGAACCUGCACCAGGCGGUGCGGAGAUGGAAACAUCAUCGCUGCCCGGAACAGCCUGGCAGGAAGGUCUGA